GAGCCGGCAAGACGCCGUGAAAAUUCUCUGGACUACUCCACACCAGAGUGGACAAAUCUUUUUUUUUUGCUUCGCUUGGGAAAAGGGAAUUACUUAUAUCAACGUCUUCACCUCCUCCCUGGACGAAGAGAGGCUAUCAGUGCAUGCAUCGCCCACACUGGAUGCGUAGCACCGUGUACCACCCAUAAGCGACAAUCCAUAUCAUCAUCAAGGAGCUGUAGAUGGAAUAGAGCUGUCUCUAUACUCCGUACAGUGAUCUCGACCCGCUGCCCGUGAAAUCCCAUUGAAAUCCCAUAUGCGACAAUCUCGAGACCGAUUUCCUCUCACCCAUCGAGAGCUUGCCCUACCAGCCUUUGUUACUUCGCCCACCAACUAUCACCAGUAACUACUAGAACUACUAGCUAGCUCUUGGGAUAACUAAAUCUUCAUUGAUCAAGAUGGAUCACGAAAGCAUCGGCACCAAGGCGGAGAGGUAUCCGUCCCCUCCAACCUCAGGGGAUGAAAAGGGAUCGAUCGAUAGCGAUGCAGCCAAGCUGGCGGCCAUGGGGUACACCCAGGACAUGACCCGCAAGUUCUCGGUGCUUUCCUUGCUUGCAGUUGGCUUCUCCCUUACCAACUCGUGGUUUGGUAUCUCUGCCUCUCUGGUUACGGGUAUCAACUCAGGGGGUGCGGUGCUGACUAUCUAUGGCAUACCAUGGAUCGCAUUCAUCUCGACCUGUGUUGCCAUCACCCUCUCUGAGCUCGCCAGUGCCAUGCCCAAUGCUGGAGGACAGUAUUUCUGGGCAAAUGAGCUGGCUCCCAAGAGGUAUGCCAAUUUUGCAUCGUACCUGACCGGCUGGUUUGCCUGGGCCGGGAGCAUCUUCACAUCUGCCAGUGUUGCUCUGGGACUCGGUGCGGCCGCGGUUGGUAUGUGGCAGAUGGGCCAUCCUGACUUCGUCCCUCAGCCAUGGCAUACUGUCGUUGCCUACCAGGUGAUAAACGGGUUUGCAUUUCUGUUCAACUGCGUCGGAAGACUUCUCCCCAAGAUCGCCACUGUUACGCUCUACACCUCCUUAAUCUCCUUUAUCACGAUCCUCAUUACUGUUCCCGCCAAAGCGCCCACACACCAGUCAGCCAAGUUCGUCUUUGCGACAUUCAUCAAUUCCACAGGUUGGAAGCAGGAUGGCAUUGCGUAUCUGGUUGGUUUAAUCAAUACCAACUGGGUGUUUGCGUGUCUUGAUGCCGCAACGCAUAUGGCUGAAGAAGUCGCUGCCCCCGAACGAUCUAUCCCCAUCGCUAUAAUGGGAACAGUCGCAAUCGGCUUUCUCACUGCAUGGUUCUAUGUGAUCUCCAUGUUUUUUAGUCUGAACGACUUCAACACCGUAGUCAAAUCCCCGACUGGUGUGCCCAUCCUCGAACUCUACUUUCAGGCCCUCGGCAGCAAAGCUGGCGCUAUUGUCCUCGAAUCUCUCGUCCUGGCCACUGGAAUUGGUUGCCAGAUCGCUUCUCAUACAUGGCAGUCUCGCUUAUGUUGGUCCUUUGCCCGCGACCGCGGCCUCCCUUUCCAUACCACCCUAGGCCUGAAUAAGAUCAACCCCAAACUCGAUGUACCUCUGGCGGCUCAUGCAUUUAGUUGCACCAUCGUCGGCCUUUUGGGGCUCUUAUUCCUUGGUUCCUCAACUGCAUUCAACAGCAUGGUUACUGCAUGCAUCGUGCUGUUGUACGUGUCAUACGUCAUUCCAGUUGUCUGUCUUCUUAUUAAGGGACGGAACAACAUUCAGCACGGGCCCUUCUGGCUAGGCAAGUUUGGUCUUGCUGCCAAUAUCAUCCUGCUCUGUUGGACGCUAUUUACUCUUAUUAUGUAUUCGUUCCCUUCAGUCUAUCCUGUCACUGCUGGAAGUAAGUCUACUCUCUACCCCUAUCUAACCCCUUGUGAUUAGUCACAAUCAUUUUAACUAACAAGCUACCCAAAGCUAUGAACUACGUCUCUGUCGUCUACUUUGUUGUCAUUAUGAUCAUCGUCGCCGACUGGUUCCUUCGAGGAAGGCGAGAGUACCGUGGACAAACCGCCCGCCACGAAGAUGCAGAAGCCCUCCAUCGACGCAGCAGUGUUGUACAUAAGUAGCUAUCUCAACGGUUUUUUUAGAGUACAUAUGCAUAGCUUUUCCUUUCUUUUCAACGUUUACACAUAACAUAUGGCUAGUUAGUUACGCCACAAAGUUUCAUAUAAGCGCUUGAUAUAACUAAAGCAUAGAAGAAACUAAAGCAUAGAAGAAUAGACUUUCAGCGACCGAUACAGAAGUAGAUUCACCUAUAGCUCUUCUCCCCUAAGAAGCGAGCUGGUCUGCAGUUGCAAGUGUCUUGUCUCCGCCAGCGCCCCGCCCCCUCCGUAUUUUUU